AUGACUCCCAACAGCGAGAACGGCAUGGCUAGGUUCCUCAUGGCCAUCUUGAACCAGAAGAAUCUCAAGGAUAUCGACUGGAAUGCAGUCGCCUCAGACCCGGUACUCCUACAGCCCAUUACAAAUGGACAUGCUGCAAGGAUGCGAUAUACUCGCUUCCGUGACACUGUCAGGGGCCACCAGCCACAGAAGAGAGCUCGUGCUGAAGACAAGAGUCGAGUAACAAAGUCGAAAAAGACGCAGAAGCCCAAGAACCAGAGCCUUGCAAAGCCAAACUCUGCAGCGAGCAUCGCAUCUUAUGCUCAAGUUCAUCAAAGUCCUCUCAUCAAACAGGAAAAGAACCAAGGCUACCUGGCGCAGUUCUCUCCCGCCUCGACCUUGUCUCCUUACCCAACCGACCGCCGAGACGAUUUCGACCAUCGCUUCCUGACUCCUUGCAGUGAUGACAUGCAAGGCCUUGCUAUCAACCCAGCCUCCCUCGAGGACUUGAGAAUAAGUAACGGGUUUGGUCCUUCUAUGGACUCUGCUCCUGACUUCAUGGCUCAACCUCUUCACGAUCCCAUCGUUGUGGGGCAAUCCCCCUUUCAUACGUUUGACCCCCCUUACGACUUGACUUCCUUCAAGCCUACCAUCAGCGGUGACCCUCAUGGUAGUCCUGAUGUUGUCGACUUCAACGGUACCUCGUCUCUUGCGGACUGCAGCCCUGGAUGGAUGGAUCACUUCAAUGAUCAAUCCUUCUGA